CACAAAAGCUGAUGCCAAGUAAAAGUUUUUAAAGCUUUAAUGUUGUUUUAAAUAGUGAGCUUGUUUCUAACUUUUCAUAAUGGCACUGCCAUAUCCAUGGUACAGUCAACUUUGGCUAUAAAAUAUCCCAGUAAGAAUUAACUGGGCAUGAAAAAAAAUCUACUGAAGGCGGCAGGAGAUAGCAAGGGAUAACAGUGGUUGUUAUCUGAUCCACAUGGAACAAAAGUUGUGAAAGGGAAAGGUUUGUUAAACCCAGAACAUUUCAGAAUAAAUCCAUCUUCUGCAGCACUCUUGAAUAAUGAUUCUCAGCUUGGGAAAUUUGCUAGUAGAAGCAAAUUAUAAUGCCAUUUUAUAACCAAAUUGAGAACUGCCUUCAUCAAAUUCUGGAACUACCUGGUCUUUUUAAUCAGUAAGAAUGUAUCCCCUGUAAAGCAAAAGGUUCAGUUCCAGAUUCCUUAAUUGUCCCAGUAAAGUCGUUACUUUUUUGUCAGGGAAAUUAGACUCACAGAUUCUGAAUGGCUAACAAAUAGACCUGGAAUGGGCAACAUUCUCCCCCCCACCCAUGCUACAACACAGCUAAAAGGGAUGUCAUUAAGAUCUAUAUGAAAACAAACAAACAAUAUAAAUAGAAUCAUAGAGUUGGAAGAGACCUCAAGGACCACCCAGUCUAGCAUCCUGCCAUGAGUGCGUCAGUCAGAAAAGGAGUAGGAAUCUGUGAUAGCUAACAGCCUUUUAAGUAUUGGCUUCCUCUCUUUACAGAUUUUUAGUGAGAAUUGCAGGUGAUGUUAACAUUUUCUGUAUUCUAUGUCUGGCAUCUUAAAGAAAGAAAGCAUGUAUGCAUGUAUGACUCUGAAUGAAUUUAAACACAAUUGUCUCAAAAUAAAAGGGAUCUAUUGUCUGGUGAUGUGCCGUCAAGGAUGCAUAUGAUAUCUGAAAGUGCUGGAGUGUUUGUAUAAGACCCAUAUGUGAUAUUUCCACAAAAGAUUGCCACGUUUAAAGAUGUUGAGCAUACAUCUACCUUUAAAAAUCUCAGUGCAGUAGGAGGGAAAUCAUUGAAUCACAGAGGUGGGAGUGACAAGAACAAUCCAGUUAAAUUUCCUGUCAUGCAAAAAGUCACAAUCAAAGCACUCCUUAAAGAUGUCAAUCUAUGUUCUAUUUAAAAAUCUCUUUUAAAAAAGGGGACUCCACCACACUCCAAGGCAAUGUAUACCAUUGUUGAACAGCUCCUCCUACCAGGAUGUUGUUCUCAUGUUUAAGUGAAUGCCUUUUCCGGUAGUUUAUUUUCAUUGCUCCAAAACCUAGUCUCUGGAGUAGGAAAUAGUUAAACAAGGCUAUCAUGUCAUCCCUUAACUGUCUCUUCUCCAAAUUACACCAAACUGUUCCUCAUAGGGCAUGGUUUCCAGACCUGUUUGUCAAUACUGUAAAAAGAGAUCAAAUUGAUGUGAUCAGAUCAAUAAAAUCCAAAUAUACAUUUCCAAACUCUGGCCUAAAGCUGAGCAAUUUAUUUGUACAAGUAGCCAUGACUGACGUCUUACACAUUGCCUCACCACAUCAUGUCCAGCUGUCUUCUCUGGACACUUGAUUUGGUUUAUGUAGUACAUCUAGACCUGUUCAGUCUCAAAAUGUUCCUGUGUAGCCCAUAACCUUGACUUGGCAUCUACUGAGGUCUGUUCUUGGCCUGGACGUUUGUUUCUGCCAUGACUUCUCUCUGUAAAUAUCAGGCAAAGGUUACUAUUUGACCCCUCACAAAAGUCCCCAUUCAGGAUAUAUAUAUCCGAGCGCUCUGGAUGUCUCAUCUUUGUCAUUGUACUGAUAUGUUAAAACCUCCGUUAAGAUUAGGAACCCAUUGUGCAUAUAAGUGUUAGAAGAUCUUCCAUACAAAGGUUUUUCCACUGAUAAGUAUGAGCUAUUAGCAUGCCUGAGUGUCUAGCGCAGCUCAUGUUGUAGAUGUGUGUCUUCGCUUCUAUAGCUACUCUUUUUCUCUCUGAUUCUUGUUGCAGACCACAGCAUGACCCAACUUCUCAUGUGACCCUUUCUCAUCCCAUUCCAUUGCUUAGAUGAAGGACCCAUCUACACUGACCACUUAAUGCAGUUGGAAGCAAGCUUCAAGCUGUGGUGGCAAGACAACAAAUUUCUCCAAAAGCACACAGAAGAAAGCUCUUAAUGUGCAUCAGUUUGUGUAGUCACUAUCAGGAUCUCAAACUGAUUCCAGAAUUUCCAGUGUAAUCAUCUGCACAGCGAAACCACUUUCUUCAAUACUCGUUUGAAAUUACAUUGAGUGGUCAGUACUGAUGGAGCCUUAGACAACACAUACACUCAGUAAUGUGUAACAGGCAUGUAUCUAGUUCUUAUUCUAUUGAACAGAAUAAAUUUUCAACCAUAGCCCUUACAGCAAAACAAAACAAAAACAGUAAUCCAUUUGCAGGUUGUUACUAUAUGACAUAACUGGCUGCCAAAUAAUGUACUAAAAAUGACAUUGUUAUCCUAGGGUUUCCUUCUAGUUGAUUCCAAAAACUUUGGAUCACUCUUUCCUUUUUCCUUUUUUUUUUACUGGAUGUUAUUAGACAGCAAUAACAUCUAGUCCUCCUCCUGCCCCAGACAUUAUUUUUCCUAGAAAAACUAAAGAUCAGAAAUUCGGGCAACAGGAAAUUUUGAAGGUCAAAAGAAAAUAACAAAAUGUUUCAUACUGACACCCUGAUAUGCUCUGUUAGAGGCAGGUCACUCAACUACCACCGAGAAAGUGUCUUGCUAUAAUAAGAGGAAACAUCUAUGAAUAAAUAAUGUUUCCAAAGCUUCUUUCCAUACUAUGGAAUGGUUCAGUGAUAGAAGUGAGCUCAAAGUAUUAGGAGUUUAAUCUAACAAGGUCUCCCAAAGAGCUUUAAAUCAUCAGACAGAGUGGAAGCAAUCUUUAAAAAAUUACUACAAUAGCCACAUUGGGUGUAGUUUGUGAAACACAGGCAUGGACAAAAAAGGAAAUAAAGGAGUCAUCCUUUAUCUUUCAAGAAAUGUACUAUCAGUCAUUUGACUAUCACUAUCACAUCAAUUGUGUGCAUUGCAAAGAAUAGUUAAUGUUUAGCAUGGACACGAUAUUGUUUAAAGAUUUCUUAAAGUUCUCAUUUGAUGUUUAGUUCUCUGAAGUUUCCAGCCUAGCUGGUUGCAAUUAAAGUAUUUAUUUCAGUUGGAGACAAGAUUCAUUUUCUACUCUCCAAGGAUUCACCAAGGUAAUGACAGCCAACUGGUUUGGUGAUAAUUUCCCUAAGGGCUGGUGAGUAAGUGGAUGGGUCUCUUCAUUUGGUUUGGUGGGGGAACCCUUAAGUUCAAGGAAAGUACUUUUCAUGCUUACUUGGGGAAUACAAUACAACAAAAACUUGCGAGGUCUGGGCUGUAGAAGACAAGAUUAUUGCUUUUCAACAGAUUUAGGCAAAACAGGAGUCAUUUUGUAACAAAAAUGCUUGGUUUCAACUUUUUGUGUGUGUGUCAGGAGCAACUUGAGAAACUGCAAGUCUGGUUUGAGAUAAUUGGUCAUCUGCAAGGAUGUUGCCCAGGGGAUGCCCUGAUAUUUUGAUAUUUUUUUUACCAUCCUUAUGGGAGGCUUCUCUCAUGUCCACGCAUGAAGCUGGGGCUGAUAGAGGGAGCCCAUGCGCGCUCUCCCCGGGUUGGAUUUGAACCGGCAACCUUCAGGUUAGCAAUCCAGCCUUCAAGUCAUCAGUCCUGCCGGCACAAGGGUUUAAUCCACUGCGCAACCGGGAGCUCCACAACUGAAUCACAACUUGUACAGAUUUGUUGUAAAUAUAAAGUGUGCUUGUCAUGAGCAAUUCAACAUAGAAAUACUGUUGUGUAACAAAAGUACUAUCCUGUGGACAGCUGAGAGAUUUGGUUACACUGUUGAGGCCACUUGAUCUACAAUUCAAGCAAAUUUGGUGUUCUGCAGAUAAGUAUAACAAAAAUGGAAGAAGACUUAUAAUCGGUAAGAGUGCUCUUUUGUUCCAAAAUAGAAUAGCCCAAAUUGUUCAAAUGAUAAAGUUGCUAUAGAGUGUAAGUUAGAGGGUAAUAUAAGAUUGAUGGUAUAAGAGUGGAGGCAAAGGGAAAAAAUUAAAUGACACAUGUUUUAACAGGUAUUUUUGAAAGGGGAGGAAAAGAAGAAAUUAUGAGUGCCUGUAGUUUUUUGCUCCUUUUGAGCAUCUCCAGCUUAUGCCUCAAUGCUAACCCCGGCAUCAAAGUGAAGAUUACUGAAGAAGGUUUGCAUUUUGGCAUGCAGGUUGGACUAGAGUUCCUGAAGCAAAGACUAAAGGAAGCCAUCUUUGAGGACUGGCAUGGAGAAGAUACGUCUGGAUUAAGUGGAUUUAAUUACACAGUUUCAAAGAUAAGAAUUCAACAUGUUCAGUUCCCCGGAAAGUCGCUGUUUCUCAUACCAGCCACUGGGAUGAAGUUACUGGUUCAUGAUGCGUCAGCAAUUGCUACUGCAGACUGGAGAUUUUCCACCUGGUUACUCAGCAGAAGUUCAGGAAAACUGAAAGUCUGCCUUACAGGGGUGUCUAUCUCUGCUGCUGCAAAAGUGUCAAAAGAUGAGGAUGGUCACCCAAAGUUGUUGCUUGAAAAUUGCCAUGGAAAUGUUGAUGGUAUUGAUAUCCAGCUGGAUGACACAUCUAGGUGGUUUUAUAGACUCCUUGUUAAUUUAUUGGAGAGACCUCUCCGCAACAAUUUCAACUUAAAUUUGUGUCCAAUCAUUUAUUCGGAGAUCGAACGUUUUAACGCAGAAUUGAAACAGCAUCAAAACCGGAUCCAGCUUGAUGCAUUUGCAGUAAUAGACUACUCUUUGGUAAAACCUCCAUCUAUUUCGCUGGCAUCCAUUAGUGUGGAUUUUAAGGGGGCCGUCUACUCAGCACUAAACAGAACACAGCUUUCUUUUGAGCCGGAUCCUUUCCAUCUCCCAAACACACGUGACUUUAUGCUCUAUAUAGGAAUCUCAGAAUAUUUCUUUCGUUCUGCUUCACUGGCUUAUUACACUUCUGGGGCUUUUGAUGUUUCUAUUGAGAAGGAGCUUUCCGCUUACUUCAGGUUAACUACAGAGACUUUCAACAAUAUCAUUCCCACAAUUGCCUUUUAUUAUGGGGUAUCAAAUCCAGUAAUGAUGAAUCUAACAGUUACAGCGGCACCUGUGAUUAGUCUUCACAAUGGUCGAUUUCUCCUUGACCUGUCUGGCUCCAUGGAUGUGCUGGUAGUUCAGACAAAUUUCACAACUAACUCCAUGUUCACCUUGAAUAUAACAGCCAAAACCCACAUCAACAUGAUCAUAUUUGAAAAGAAUUUGAUACCAACUUUAUGUCUGGACAGCUUUGAUCUCGCCUUGGCUCACUCCACUAUUGGUUUCUUCAAGGCUUCAAUUAUGAAGAAUUUCAUGUCUUAUAUUUUACAAAAAGGAGUAAUUCCAGCAGUCAAUGUCAAUCUGAAGGAUGGGGUUCCUCUCCCUGUCUUGGACACAAUGGUUCUUGUGCAGCCUACUAUUACAAUGUACCAGGGCUACUUGCUAAUUUCCACUGAUGCUAAGCUCAAGCCCACAAAUAUUUGGAAACACAAUCAUAUACGCACCUUCUGAUAUAUGGGAACACAGCUAUCAAUUGAAGGUCAGGCUGCUUUGGUUGUGAUUGAAGAGGGAAGAUGUGACAAAAAAAGAGACUGGUCUAUUAAAAAUGGGGAAAAGUUUGUGUUUUAGUACUUUGUAGCUCAGUAGUAGUAGUUCGUACUUUAUGCUGUAUUUCAGCAUUGUAAAUAUUCUUUUUUAAUGAUUGUAUGGAGAUUUUAGUUAAUAAAAGCUGGGCUCUUGAAAAA